AUGAAAUCAACAGACCUGGAAAUUAAUUUGUUGGAAUACUGCUUUGAAAAUAUGACAUUGUCUUGUAUAAAAGUUGUCAGAUCUCCGGCAAUUAAAGUGAUUUUGUACUGUGUUUUUUUACUGACUGUACUUAUAACAAUCUUUGGUAAUCUGGUUGUGAUCAUUUCCAUUUCUCACUUCAGACAACUCCACUUGCCAAGUAAUCUGCUUAUUUUGUCACUUGCAACUGCAGACUUCCUGCUUGGUUUAUUUGUGCUUCCCUUCAGCAUGAUCAGGACGGUUGAAUCCUGUUGGUAUAUGGGCUCUUUCUUCUGUAAAUUGCAUACGUCUAUAGAUCUUCUGUUGUGUUUAGCUUCAGUUUUUCAUGUUUUCUUUAUAGCUUUCUAUCGUUAUUAUGCAGUCUGUCACCCUCUUCACUACACUAGUAAAAUGACCACUCAGGUGACUUUCCGAUUCAUAGUGGUCGGCUGGGUCUUUCCAACAAUCUGUUCUAUUGCUUUUAUUUCCUUCCAUUACCAGGACAAAGAAACUGAAAAUACAGGCAGCAAGGUUGGAUGUGAGGGCAGCUGCAUAUUGUUGUUCAAUGAAAUAUUUAAUUUUAUGGAUUCCCUGACAUUUUAUGUGGCAUGCCUUAUAACACUUCUAAUGUAUGCUAGGAUUUUUACUAUUGCAAGAAAGCAAGCAAACCAUAUUAGUAUGGAAGCCAGGACCACAUAUCUUGAGCACAAUAAAAUACAUUUCAAAGGAGGAAAUGACCGCAAAGCUGUAAAAACAUUGGGAAUAGUUGUGGGUUGUUUUUUGUUUUGUUGGCUCCCUUUCAUCACUGAUAAGACAGUUGACCCGUAUGUUAAUUUUGAUACUCCAGCUGUUGUGUAUGAUAGUUUCAUAUGGCUAGCUUAUUUUAAUUCCACUUUUAAUCCAUUUAUAUAUGCUUUCUUUUUUCCAUGGUUUCGAAAGGCACUAAAAAUCAUUGCAACAUGUAAAAUAUUUAGACCGAACUCUUCUAGAAUACAGAUUUAUACUGAAUAA